ACAGCAAAGCAAUUGAAGGAUCACUUCCAAAAAAUUAAGAAAAAAGUCACUUGGUUCUGCAGCUCAUGGAAAGAGGCUAUAUCAAUUUGGCCUAGUGGUCAUUCUGAUGACCAGAUAAUGGAGAAGGCUGAAGCUAUCUAUGAGGAAUACAAAGAUGGUCCAUUUACGUUCAAGCAUUGUUGGAAAAUUCUACGUGAUGAACCAAAGUGGCAAGUGCAACUAGAGGAAGGGGCGCAGUCAAAUAAAAGGAAUUUGGAUAUUGAGGGGAGUGUAGGAGAGCUCACUCCCUCUUUGGCACAAUCUGAAGAUCGUCCAAUAGGCAACAAAAAGGCAAAGAAAGAGGCAAAGAAAGAGGCCAAGAAGUGUCUUUCUCAGAUGGAUGAUGUGCUACAGCAGCUUACAAAACUUCAGGGCACAAAUGAAAGUCGAGAAAAGAUGUUGGAAACCCAGAAACACGUUUCAAGCGAGAAGCUUGAAUCAGCUAGACUUAACCACCUUGCAGCUAAAGAAAAUGCUAAGUCAGCUAUGCUGGAGACGUACAGAGCACUCAGUAUGAAAGAUACAAGUGCAAUGGCUGAUGAUGUCAGAGUUGAGCACUUGGCAUUUAUGAGAUGUGUGAGGGAGAGUAUAUUUGGCAAAACUGAAUUAGAUGCAAAUGGCAGCUCUUAAAAAGAAUCGGGUUCCUGAUGGGGGUUCUUCCUGAAGACCUGAAUAUCAUCAACGACUGCUGGUCAUCAAGAGAUAUGGCUAAAUAAAUUGAUAAACGAUGGAUGCUAGAUUUAUUACCAAGUCAUU